GCACGUGCGCGUCUGCGCUCCAGCAGCCUUUCUCCAUAUUCAACUCUGGGAAAGCGCACAGCAAUUUUCCUGAUGAAAAUCCAACACUUUGUUUUGACAGAAUCGGGAAACAGGAAAUCUCCCGAAACACGAAUCGGAACCAUCGUCCAGUUGCUAAUGUGAUUUUGUUACUGGUGUUCGAUUAUAGAAAAUUGAUUGAUUGGCCCCAGAAUAGUUCCAAUUAUUACGGGUUCACGUUACUGGUAGUGUUUAAAAAGUAACACCUGUGUAAUUACCAAGUAUACUAGAUCAUAGUCUUGUGUGUUUUGCCUGCUACUACGACUCUGCCUUUCGCCGUGGAAAAAGAUGGCCUCCGGAAAAUUUUCCCUGUGAAGUGGCUGAAGUGAUUGUGUUGUGAAGUUUACAGCAAGAAGUGUCGAGUGUUUAAAAAUGGCUACUAAACCACCUCAGGAUACCUCCGGUCUGGGUUAUUCGUACGUAACCCCCGGAGGGAUGUUCCUGAGGUUGAGAAACUCCCUAUCACAGUUUAGUGAUUUGUUCAGCGAGUUUAACAAGUACAUCGCCCCUGCCUAUCAUCACGAUCGCUGUGAACGGUCCGUCCAUAUGCGACUGUAUUCAAUGAACAAGCGGGAAUUCGUAGUGGUCUUUUUGGCGUUCUUUGCCUGCUUCGGAUUGGGCAUCUUCAUUGGGUUGGCUGGACCACCCAUUACCUUGACUACGAUGGUCACCGGAAGUUCGCUGAUGCCAAAUACGACCAGUCCAAACCUGGACUACUUAGCCAAUGGGCCGUUUGUGAUGCGAACGCCACUGAUGACUACGUACUCACAGCAGCUGUGGCUAAUAGCCAACAUCGAGACGGACAACACCGAUGAUGAGAUAUUCGACAAAAGUUUCCAUGUCAGUGUUGGAAUCGACGGCCUCACGGUGGAGCACAAACCGGUUACGGUAUUGAGUGUUGAAAACAGUAAAAAUCGUACGCGCCAUUUGACCUGCUCACGUGAUGCCUGCGACGAGUUCAUCGUACUACAUCUGGGCUUUUUGGAUUAUGCCCAUUACAUCAUCACGGUACGAUUCAUUGGGCUGGAUGGAUUCCACCAUCGGUACAACAUCAAUAGCGUACAGUUCUACUUCAAAACAUACAAUCCAGCGUUCACCCAGAUCGAGAUAUGGUUCCGAUUCAUAUUUCUGUUGUUUACAUUCAUUGUGACCUGUUGGUUCGCGCACACCCUUCGGAAGUAUCCCAUCUACGAUUGGUCGAUAGAGCAGAAGUGGAUGUCGAUUCUGCUGCCAUUGUUGCUGCUGUACAACAAUCCCGUUUUCCCGUUGAUAUUCUUGAUAAACAGUUGGCUACCGGGAAUGCUGGACGCAAUCUUCCAAGCCACGUUCCUGUGCGCCUUGCUACUGUUUUGGUUGUGCAUCUACCACGGACUGCGUCAGAACGAACGGAAGCUGCUGACGUUCUAUGUACCGAAGUUGAUCGUAAUUUUGCCCAUAUGGUUGUGUGCCGUUGUGCUAGCGACGUGGGAAAGCAACGAAAUGAAGGAUCCCACCUACAGCCAUUUCGUCGACACCGCGAACUAUAAUGGGUUCAAAAUGUUCUUCUACAUUUCGGGUGCUAUGUACUUGCUAUACUUAGUCCUAUUGAUCCUACGAGCUUAUAGUGAACUGCGGUCGAUGCCCUUUUUCGACAUGCGCCUCAAGUUUCUAACACUGCUAAUGCUGUUCGUACUUGCCAUCUCGCUGACGGUUACCAUGUGCCGGUUUGGAUUCGGAAUCCUUGAGGAUAAUUUCGUCGCCCAGUUGAAUACCACAUACAAAAGCUCCGCACAGUUUAUGUGCUUCUAUGGAUUGUUGAAUUUCUAUAUCUACACCAUGGCCUAUGUGUAUUCGCCGAACGGACGACCACUGCAUGAAGCCACCAUCACCAAGGACAACCCGGCCUUUUCGAUGAUCAACGACUCGGACGAAGAGGUGGUGUAUGGUUCGGACGAUGAAAGCCGCCGCCCGCUGAACUCGGCGCAUGGCAAGGGGAACGACUACGAUAGCGACUAAAAGCGACUUCCAGGUGCUUCCGGAUCGAUGACGACGACGACGAUAAUGAUCUCAGAAAAGUUGGUAAGAACUGUUUCCGUACAAAAAAGAGAACCUGUGUGCUAUGACUGAAGAAAAUAGAUAAACUGAUGGACUUGAGCGGGGUAGUGUUGGCCGGAAACCGGUAUGAUUGUUCGGGGGCGAUGAAUAAAUAAAUAUAAGCAUAUCUUUUUCACUUCUCAAUCCGGUGGUGUCUCAGCAGUGUUAUGAAGAAAACCAGUAUGUGUUUAGAUGGUAAUUGUUUUUUUGUCAGCAAUUUUUUCGUUCAACGUUUGAUGAAAAUACCGAUCGCGCCAUUCCAAGUAGAUUAGACUAUAAGUUAGAGGCGUGUUAGUUCAAUUACGAAAAAAUCUAGACUUCAGAAAAUUUAUUUCUAAACGUUUUGUUUAUCCUUCAAACUAUAUAAGAAAAAGAAAAACACAUGGGUAAAUCUAACCAUUCUCAACCUUGUUAGUUGUAUUCGAGUAUUUAGGGUACCCGGUAAAUAAUAGCUAGAGGUUUACAAUCUAAGUAGAUAAAAAAACACUACGCUUUGGAGUAUCCAACAGCAGGAUAAGAAAGUUGUGUGUGGUUAUAUAUUAAAAGAAAAAAAACAUGAAUGGAUUAGCAACAGUAUCUUUACAUUACCAAUAAGCAUGAAAACAGAAAAUGAAACAAAAAAAUCUUAUGUGACAAACAACUGGAAUGACAAAUAAAAUAUUUAUACUUGA